CAUCGGGGACAGCUAUAGAGAAGGCGAAGGACCACUCGGAUUAAAUCUUUUUCUACGGUAGGAGGUAGGAAGAGGUUUACCCGAGGCCGCGAAACACACACACACACGAAGACGUCCAGAACAAGAAGCCAAGAGUGUAUAGCCAGCAGGCUAAUCUCUUAAUAAAAAGAUAAGACAUCCCGGAAUCUCCCAUAGACCUAAGGGGAGAGGAGGGAUUCUACACGCGAAACUGCGACGUGAAAGAGGAUGAGGACCUGUCGGAAUUGACAGGGGGUGGUUGGAAUGUUCUUCUUCGCACCCACUCGUGGAUUUAUCCGGGGGUGGAUGCCUAGAGGGACGGGCUCGUCUCAAGGGAAAUGUGUGUGUGUGUGUUCAUUUAAUUUUGAAUCAACAUACAAUAAGACUGGUCAUAAACACAAUCGAGUGCAACCAAGCAAGUGUAAGUUAAUAUUGGAAAUUAGUGAUAAGGUUUUACUGUUGAGUAUCGUUUAAAUCAGAACUGUGGUAAGUACCAAAGCUCUUAACUAGAUUUAUGAACAAAUGAAAUGUUGUACAGGGUGUUUUCUAAUUAGAUAAAAAAAGUGGGCAUAUUUUUAAACUAAUUUGUCGCGAUUAUUCGUUUUGAAAAUAAGUACAGAAUAUUUGAAAAUUCAAAAUUGAUUUUCUAUUCGUUCAAAAUUCGUUAGCACAAAAGGCAUACUUCAGAUUAGGGUUGUACCCGAUGAGUGAAAACGACGGAUUACUGGAAAAUGAUAAUAAAAAUACACAAAAAGUACAAAAGAAGUCGAGUUUUAUUAUUAAGUUAUAAGUAAAAAGUACAUAUUACAGACAAAGAGAGUUUAAUUAUCUCUUUUUAAAAAUAACGUUCUAAAAAUUCUGUUAAGGUGGACUAUUCUAUUGGAUUAAAGAUAUUGUCAAUUUUCUUUUCCUUCUUGGCUUGAAACGACACUUUUAACACAUUUUCUUGUAGCCUCUUUAAAACAAGAAUAUUAUUAGCGGAAUCAUCGUUCUCUUCUUCUGCCCACUCUAUGGUCGUAGCAAAGGCAUCCAUUGCAGCAUCAUGGCUAACUAAAUGAACGGCAGAUGCUUCAUAUCGAUGAUCACCAUCUUCUCCUUCUCCCCUUUUCAACACAUCUUUGAUUAUUUCGCUGUCUGUCCUAAACUGACCGUUUUCUUGUUCCUCGCCGGAUAUCCAAAUCAUCCAAACUUUCGCUUUCAUCAAUAAGUUUUUAGGCGAUCGUUUUUCUUAGUUCUAUCAGCUCACAAUUAACAUUUUUCUCGGGUUCUUUAGCAGCAAUAGAAACUUCCUCUUCUACAUCUUGAGCAUCAUUUUUGUUCUAUAUUUCCUUUUUUUAUUGCUCUAACAGUGUCAUAUUCAGUCAUAGAGCCAAGUUGCUCUAUGAACAAACAAGAACUUUUUCGGGUAGAUUUUCCCAAACGUUCGCAAGUGAAAAAACGAAUUCAGAGCACUAUCUUCCUUUGACGAAACUUUGUACAGCAAAGCUUUUUGAAUUGAAUUUUUACUGCUUGGAUGAUAUGCUAAUCUAUUGGUCGUAAAAGAAGAGUUACUUUACUUGUAUUCCCGAACAUUUCAACUCGAAUUCUUCUGGGUGACCGGGGCAGUUAUCCAAAAUAAGCAGGGAAAUUUCAUUUUCUUAAGAAUCUUUUUCUACUGAUGGCACGAAUAUUCCAUAACUUUGGUUUGGUUAUUAUUUUUUAAUGGCGUGGGUUUUUCGCCUUUCCAAUCACCAGUAGAUUCAAUUUAUGUGUGCCACUUUCAUUCGAUCAUGACAUUUUAGUCAGGAGCUAGGUCUAGUUCUUUGACGAUCUUCUUAAACUUAUUUUUAUAUGGGUCGGCCGCUGCGGCAUCACAAGAUAGUUUUACGGCCCUUAUACUUAGCAGACGAAUUCUAUAACGCUUUGGGAAUUUUCAAGCCAUCCUUAACUGGCUUUAAAAUCAUCUUUCCCCAAUCUUUUACCGAAGAAGAAGAAGGCUUCUUUGAGAACUUCUCCUGAGAUCGGUGUUUGCCUGUUCCGGUCUUAGAGGAACCAGGUAUACAUGAGGAAACUCUCUAGUUUGCAAUGUUUUUCUUAAGGUUUCUGAGUUAUAAAUGUUUUUGCAAAUUUGUUUAAUUUUGUCCCUGUUUUUUCGUGAAUAUCGUAGCACCGGAUUACUGGAGUGACGAACCAGCAUAGUGCCGGAUCAGAGAGGUUCAACUGUAAUAUGUUAUGAGACACUAAAAGACAUUAAAUUAUAAAAUUAGUUUUAUGUCGCUUACAAAGUUGUACAAAAACGAUUUACUUCUUUUAAAAUUGUAUAAUUUUAAUAUAGCAUCGACAUAACCUCUUAUUCGUACUUAGUUACGCAGAAUAUUUCGCUUAUGUCACUUAUGUCAAACGAAACAUUUUGUACGUCAUAUUCUGAAUUAUUCAAGUGAAAUUUUCUUUUUAAAUAAAAAUGGCUUACAUCUUACCAGAGGCGAGUAAUACGGUUGUGAAGAGUGCACCUAAAGUCAUAAAUUCGAAUAUUCCUUACGAAAUUCCAUUGAGAUAUAGAAAUGCUUUUUAUCUCGCAAACGCUUCAUUAUACGACACUGUCAAUUGGUAUAUUCAUCGAGCUUACGAAAUAUUUUUCCCGAAUUUAAAAAGGAAUCAACAGGAAAUUCAAUCUGAGAAAACAAAGAAAGAAUGCGAAGAAACUGUGGUCGGUAUGAUAGGGAUCUUAGAACAAUGUAACUCCAUCAUAGACGUAAGGUGUCCGGUUAAGAGAAGAGAUGGAAAAUUUGAAAUUGUCAGAGGUUUCAGAGCUCAACAUGGAAUGAGUAGCGGAUAUAGAACUACACUUGGAGGGUUUAGAAUAGGAGAAGAAAUAACUAGAGAUCAUAUGAAAGGAUUGUCAUGUUUAGCCACUUUCCGAAACGCUUGCAUGGGAAUUGGUAUGUCAGGUGCUCACGGUGGCUUAAAAAUAAAUCCGAAUGAUUAUACAGAAGACGAACUUCGAUAUAUUAUAGAAGAAUAUGCUAACGCAUUAAUUGAUAAGGGCUAUUGUAAUGGUCACGAUGUUUUCCAGCCAGAUAUUAGUUCAUCUUCAAGAGAAAUGACAUGGAUAUCGAGAGCUUUGUCAAAAUAUGGCGAAUCGUCUCAAUUAGCGGUUUGCGGCAAAUGGGUAGAAGCCGGGGGAAUUGAAGGAUAUCGAUACGCAUCCUCGCAAGGAGCUUUUUCGGCACUCAAUAAUAUAUUGAACAAUGAAGAUCUCAUGAAAAAAUGUGACUUGAAACCAGGUUUAACUGAUAAAACUUUCAUAAUACAAGGUUUGGGUAACGUAGGCAGUACCUUGGCAGAAAUGUUAGUACAGAAAGGUGCCAUUUGUGUUGGUGUCAAAGAUCACGAUGCGUAUUUAUACGAUUCCAAAGGUAUCGAUUUACAGAAAUUGUACGAACAUAAACAAAAAACCGGUUCAAUCCAAGGUUUUGGCAUGACGAAACCAGAAACUGAUGAUAGUAUCUAUAAAGAAAAAGUUGAUAUAUUAAUCUUCGCAGCCAAACAUAAAAGUCUUAAUUGUUACAUAGCCGAAAAUGUUAAAGCAAAAGUGAUUUUGGAAGCUGCGGAUUGUCCUGUAACUCCAACUGCGCAUAAAAUUUUAACCGGAAAAUCUCGAUUAGUAAUACCGGAUAUAUAUGCUUGUUCCGGUGCGACGAUCGCGUCUUAUUUGGAAUACCUUUCGAAUCUACAACAAAUGAGGAAAUUAGAUCAGCACAUUUUACGACAAUCACGAGAUAUAUAUGGAAUAGCGAUAAAGCAAUCCGAACAAGCGAUGGCUGUUGGAUCAGGAUCCUCAAUUUCUGAGUCAUUUAUAACGAAAGAGGCAGUGGCUGACACUAUAGAAUGUGUACUGAGCGAUGUAGGAAAAGAAAUGUUCAAAUAUACAACUCAACUUAAAUUAGGCACAGAUCUUCGUUCUUCAGCGUACAUUGUGGGAAUGAAUAAAAUAUUCAACAAUAUUUACGAAAACAAAAAGUUUAUGUGAAAUAACAAAAAAUGUUCCCAUUUGAUUCGCAUAUAUUUAUACAAAAAUACAUAUACAUUUUAUC